AUGGCGAUAACGGAUAUAGCCACCCCUACUGCAUGGCUAGGAAUCAUCGCAACGGCCCUCUUGAUCUAUUAUUUAGCCUCGACAAUUUACUCCUGGAGUCGGCUUCGGAGCGUUCCAGGUCCUUUUAUCGCCGGCAUCUCAUCACUUUAUGAAAUUUCAAGCACCGCCACUGGCCAAGAAGGAUGGCUGUACAACGACCUGGCCAAGAAAUACGGCCACCUCGUCAGGAUCAGCCCCAACACUAUCCUGACAGACGACCCAGACGUCCUGCGCAGAAUGUGCGGCGCCCGGGGAACCUAUGGCAAAGAUGCUUUCUACAGCGGCUCGUUCAAGCACCCGGAUCAUGACACCAUGUUCUCAACGACGGAAAUACCAGCUCACGAUGCCAUCAAGGCCAAAUUAGCAGGUCCCUAUGGCGGCCGCGAGACAUUAGCUAUGGAGCCGAUAGUAGACGACAUCAUCAGGGCACUCAACCAGCACAUCCGAGACGAGCUGUCCCAAGGCCCGGGCCGGGCGCGCAUUGUCAACUUUGCCGAUAUUGCUAACUUCUUCACCAUGGACGUCAUCACUCGUGUCGCGUUUGGGAGUGAGCUGGGAUUCCUGAGGACCCACUCUGACGUCCAUGGGCUCAUGGCUGCGCUUCGGGCGACUAUGAGGACCUAUACCAUUCCGAUGAACGUCCCCUGGCUGCGGUCUAUAACAACCUCAAACUACUUUCUCAAAGCAUUUGGUCCCAAGAUCAAGGUUGAUGCGUACUCUGUGACAGAAUCAUGGAAGAAGAACUCAAAAAACGAUUCAAGCCUGGAGCCCCUGACGAGAAAGACCUACUGCGAGGCUUUGUUCGCCAUGUCGGCUGGGUCGGACACAACAGCUGCGACUAUACGCUGCACAAUGCUGUAUCUUAUGACAAAUCCGCGCGUGUACCAUAAGCUCAAACAGGUCGUCAGAGAGGCCGUCGACGAGGGACGGGUAUCAAGCCCAAUCAAGCACGACGAGGCCAAGCAGUUUCCCUAUCUUCAGGCUGUCAUAUACGAGGGGCUCCGCAUGCGGCCACCUACACCGAUCAAAUUCCCCAAGGUGGUUCCCCCCCAAGGUGAUGAGAUCGACGGCAAGUUCAUACCUGGCGGCACCGCCGUCGGAUGGAACUUGAUACCCAUGAUGCGCUCACCCCGCCACUGGGGCCACGACGGCGAACUCUUCCGCCCCGAACGCUUCACGGAGGCGGACGAGGACAAACGCGCGUCAAUGGAACGGCUGGUCGAGAUGGUCUUUGGCCACGGCCGGUUCGGCUGCGCUGGGAAACCGCUGGCGUUCAUGGAGCUGAACAAGGUCUAUUUUGAGCUUUUCCGGUACUUUGACUUCCAGCUUGUUAACCCGAUGAAGCCGUGGCACUCGGAGCUUUGGAGUAUAUGGAUGGACGACGCCUUCAUGGUGCAGAUCAGUGAAAGUGUCGCAGAUUGA